AGCUUUAUCGUCGCUUCUUAUGGGGGAGACAAAUGCACUCGAUGAUCACAAAACGUGGAAUGGAUUGUGAUGUAGUCUUGUCGACUUCUCUCGUAGAUAUGUAUGCCAAGUCAGGUGAUAUUACCGGUGCUUCACGCGUGUUUAAAUCGAUGCUAGUGAAGAAUCCAGCUUCGUGGAACUCAAUGAUUGGAGGGUUUGCAAGACAUGGACUAGGGGUGGAAGCUUUAGAAGAGUUCGAGAGGAUGGUACAGUGCGGCUACAAGCCUGAUCAGGUGACGUUCAUUAACUUGUUGUCGGCUUGUGCUCACGCGGGGCUAGUGGAAGAAGGGGAAAAGCAGUUCAUGUUGAUGGGUAGGUUUGGGAUAAGUGCAGAGAAGGAGCAUUAUGCAUGUAUGGUGGAUCUACUAGCAAGGGCUGGUCAAUUAGAUAAAGCAGAGAGGUUGAUAAAGGGUAUGCCUUUUGAGCCUGAUUUUGUUAUCUGGGGGGCUUUGCUCGGGGCUUGCGGAUUGCAUUCAUGUUUGGAGCUAGGUGAAGUUGCUGCUAAAGGAAUCUCAAGGUUGAGAAGAGAGUAUCCCGCGGCUUAUGAUGUUCUGUGUAGAGUUCAUGGCGAGAAAAGAGAUUGGACUAGUGUUAUGGAGUUGAGGAGAUUGAUGAGGAAGACUAAAGCCAAGAAACAAGACGCUAGUAGCUGGAUUGAAUAGAGCUGAUGUGAAACAGGGCUUUUUGGUCUUCCUACAGUUGAUGAGCGCACCAUUGUGAUGAAGCUUCUGUACUAAGAUGAUGUGACAGUAUGGUUAUAGCCUUCUAAAUUCUAUGAAUCCUGGUGAUAACAAUGCAGCUUGAAUAGAGCUUUCUAACUCUGAUUUCGAGACAAACAUUGUGAUAAUAAGCAUUUGAAUUCA